AUGGACAAGGUUAACCAGCUUCUCGGCAAGUUGCCCGCGAUGCCGCACUGCGGCCUGGUGCUUCUCGCCACCAUCGGCGGUCUGUUUGUCGCCUCCAAGCUGUUUAGCUACCUGCGCCUCGUCCUCGGCUCCUUUAUCCUGCCGGGCACCAACCUCCGCACGUACGGCAAGCCCGGCACCUGGGCCGUCGUCACCGGCGCUUCGGACGGCCUCGGCAAGGAGUUUGCCUCGCAGCUCGCCGCCACGGGCUUCAACCUCGUCCUCGUCUCCCGCACGCAGUCCAAGCUCGAUGCGCUGGCCAACGAGAUCACGGCCAAGUACACCGCCCAGGCGACACAGGUCAAGACGCUGGCCAUGGACUUUACGCAGGACAACGACGCCGACUACGAGCGCCUCGCCGCCCUCGUCCGCGGCCUCGACGUCGGCAUCCUGAUCAACAACGUCGGCCAGAGCCACAGCAUCCCCGUGUCCUUCCUCGAGACGCCGCGCGACGAGCUGCAAAACAUUGUCACCAUCAACUGCCUGGGCACGCUCAAGGUCACGCAGGUCGUCGCGCCGAUCCUGAAGCAGCGCCGCGGCCGGGGCCUCGUGCUCACCAUGGGCUCGUUUGGCGGCUGGACCCCGACGCCGUACCUGGCCACCUACUCGGGCAGCAAGGCCUUCCUGCAGCAGUGGAGCAACGCCCUGGCUGCGGAGCUUGCUGACGACGGCGUUGACGUCCAGCUCGUCCUCAGCCACCUCGUCACCACGGCCAUGAGCAAGAUUCGCCGUGCCAGCCUGCUCGUCCCCAACGCCCGCCCGUUUGUCAAGGCCGCCCUCGGCAAGGUCGGCACCGGCGGCUACCAGACGGCGCCCAACACGUACACCCCGUGGUGGAGCCAUGCGUUUAUGCUGUGGUUCAUUGAGAACAUUCCCGGCGUCAACAGCCCGCUAACCAUCUCCAUUAACAAGGGCAUGCACCUAGAUAUCCGCAAGCGUGCUCUGCGCAAGGCUGAGCGCGAGGCCAAGAAGCAGUAA